GGAAUAGCUCGGGUUAUUGUUGGCGGAUGACACGAAAACACCGACAGUCAUCACGCGUAUAAAAGUACGACGAAUCUUACCCUGAGGCAUCAGUCUCCUGGCGAUCCUCUUGCAAACAAACAUGGCUGGAAAGCUCAUCGUAUUCUUAAGCGUGGCGGUUCUCUCCAAGGGAGCGGUGAUCCCAGCGGUCCCAGCGGUGCCGGCACCCGUAGUAGCAGCGAAGCUCGAAGAACUAGACGCAGCGCCUCAAUAUAGUUUCGCGUACGACGUUCAAGAUGCGGUGACCGGGGAUUCCAAGGCCCAAUACGAAACCAGAAACGGCGACCUGGUGCAGGGUAGCUACAGUUUGAUCGAGGCAGACGGUACUCGACGCAUCGUCGAGUAUACGGCGGAUCCGAUAAACGGUUUUAACGCGGUGGUCAGCCGGGAACCAGCGACGGCUGUGGCCGCCAUUGCCGCUCCACUGGUGCCGUAUGCACCUUCUAUCGCACCUUCCGCGGCAGUUGCACCUGUUUUGCCCGCAGCACCUGCACCAGCGCCAGCGAUUCCAUCCAGCGGUCCGGAUUCCGAUGUCGAGGUCGUCGAGGCUAGGUCCGGUCCCUUAGUCACAGCCGGUGCAACCUCUCGCGAUGAACAGCUCCGACAACAACAGGAACAACAGCUGCAACAACUGAAAGAACUCGAAAGACAGCAACAGCAACAGCAACAACAACAGUUGCAACAGUUGCAACAGCUUCAACAGCAAUCCAGACUGCAACUGCAACAACAGAUCCAACAACGCCAACAGCAAAGGAUACAGAAGGAACAGGGAAGCGAGCAAGAACAGGAACAGCAACAGCAACAGCAACAUCCGCAGCAAAGACAACAACCCCAACAACAACAACCACAAGGAGCACCCGUGAAAGCUCUUGCUACACCAGUACAGUUGGCAGCACAAGCUCCUCAACCUGGUAGAUUGAUCAGCCUGCCUGCGGCCAGAACUGUUACCAGCUACGCGACUUAUCCUAAUGCUUACGCAUAUACAGCCGCCUACUCGUCGCCAUUAGCUUAUGCCGCUCCUAUCGGUGGUCUCACCUAUGCUCCCGCCACUGCGCUCCUGUAAUGAUUUUUCUUUUUUAAUAUUGUUUUGUUAUUGAAUCCCGCCUAAUUGAACAAAUCAACAAGUUAAAAUAAAUGCGUGUUUAAAACGAAUUAG